UUUGUUGUCGUCACCUAAUAGGAUCAAUUGCUUUUAAAUAUCAAUUUCCAUUUAAUAAUAGAAAGCCUCAGAUAUCUUCCAUGCUUGAUAUAAUUAUACUUUAGUCAAAGUAUCAGUGAAGUUUCUAAAAUUCAAAUGAAAUAUUUAAUAUAUUAAAAAUUAUACAGCACCUAAAGUGUUUAGCCCCUUUUCUUUUCAUUGUUUUGGUUCAUUUUUGUGAAUUGUUUCUCAGAGUUUUAGGUAUUCACAGAGGAAUUAAACACGAAAUUGUACCAAUUACUAAAUUGCUUUUUGACUCUGCCAAUGGUGGUUGUAUCAAGUAAAUAACACAAAAGCAAAAGGAAUUAGUUUUGACAUCUGUUGCAUACUUCAACACAUAUUUGUAUAGCAGUAUUGGAAUAACUCAGUUCACGGUUGAGGUUGUUUUUACCAAGUAUAUAAGCAAGAUCAUGACGUCCCCUGUCGCUUCCACUUUCCAGUAUGUAGUUUUAAAAGGUUGCUACAUUAUUAGCAAACGCCAUACGGCGACAAAAAACGCCCAUGGUGCCCAAAAGCAGGUGUUCAUUCAUGGUUGGACUAAAUUGGGAAGGUUCAGAAGAGAUGGCGAUACAAAAGUAAUUGGUGUCCGUUCAAUUUUGCAACUUACAGUAAAACAAAAAUGGUGACCAGGGUCCCCCAAUUAACGUGUCUCUUCUGCAUUGGUUGUAGUCUAUCACUUGUAUACCCUUUUCCUAAAUCAGUAACUCUGGAUUGGACAACAAAUUCCUCUAAGUAAUAAUGUCUAUUGUUAAUUCUUAUAUAAACACUUGCUUCUUUCUUACAUUCAAUUCCAUGUCUCACUCUAAUAAUAAUCCCACGAAUCAUAUUGGUUUAUGCUUUUUCUCUUUCCUUUUGCAGUUGAGUACUUUUCUUUGACUUUUCAGUUCCCAGCUUGUAGUUUCAACUUGCACCAUUUCUUUUCUAUUUCUGUCCUCAACCAUUUUCUUAUUGUUUCCAUAAGCUGUAGAAGAUGUUACUUAGAAGUUCCUCUGCACCAAUUCUAACUUCAUUGGUACUCUAUUCCAGAGACUCCUCCACUGAACCAGAAAACAUUUUUCGGCUACCUAAAACAACAUCAGCUUUAAGUCUAAACCAAAUACUGGUAGAGAUAGACCUUAAAAACUCAAGUCCUAAGAGAAAAAACCGUGUGCAACUUGGUAAUAGUGUUCCCAAAAAUCAACAGAGUGUAAAAAUCAAAGAAAGAGAUGAAGUGAAAAGUCCUCAACAAAAGACUUACAUGAAAUCACAACCUUCCAUUCAAGAACUGUUUUCAAGUUUGGAUUUAGAUAAGGGAAUAAUGGAUCAUGAAGAAGAGUGUUGUGGGGGGAAGAAAGAUGGUAUCUUGCAGACUUCGGUGAUGGGUGGUGGAAUGGGGAGUGAUGGUGGUUGGAAUAAUGGUAGUGGAAAAGGCUCGAAUGGUGGACAUGGAAGAGGGUGGAAUUUCCAUGAAGGAAAUGAUCGUGGUAGAGAUAGGACAGAUGCUUAUUACCAGAACAUGAUUGAAGCAAACCCCGGUGAUGCUCUUUUGCUGGGAAAUUAUGCAAAGUUUUUGAAAGAGGUUUGUGAAGACUAUCCUAAGGCAAAAGAGUAUCUCGAAAGGGCUAUUUUGGCUAAUCCUGAUGAUGGUCUUGUUCUCUCCCUCUAUGCCGACUUAAUAUGGCAAACAGAGAAAGAUGCUGAUCGAGCUGAAGGAUAUUUUGAUCAAGCCAUUAGAAGUGCCCCAGAUGAUUGCCAUGUCGUAGCUUCAUAUGCUAACUUCCUUUGGGAUGCUGAAGAGGAGGAAGAUAAAGACUGCCAAAGUAAAUCAGAUGAAAAUCAUUCAUAUCCAACUGAUCUCUUUCAUGGAAGUAACCAUCACCUUCAUAUAACUGAAGCCUCAAAAGCUUUACCACUGUUUCUCAAAUGAAGGUGAUAUUGCAUAUAUUGUCUCAAACAGCAGUAACUCAUGCUCCUUUUGGAAGUGAUUAGAAGGAAUGGUUGGUGUAAUAGUAAUGACUUGCCUACUGUGAAUAACUUUAGACCAUAACAAGAGAAACCAACUUUUGGUGCCUCUUGUGCUGUUAAGUAACAAGGCUUCAUCAAAUGUAUGUUUUGAGAAUGUAAUGUUAUGCAUGCAGACGCUAAGGAGUAAAGUGCUGCAACCUUUUUUUCGACCCAAGUCCAUUGAGAUAAUCAUCGUCACAUUCCACUUUAGAAUCUAAAAUUUCUUGAUGAUUU